CAGGCACCUCCGUGGGGCCCGGUGGCAGGGCGGGGAGAGGCUGGCGCGUACCCGGUGGCGACCCCAUGCCGUCCCCCGCUUCCCAUGGCCGCAGUUCCUCCGCGUCACCAAGCAGUACCUGCCGCACGUGGCGCGCCUCUGCCUCAUCAGCACCUUCCUGGAGGACGGCAUCCGCAUGUGGUUCCAGUGGGGCGAGCAGCGGGACUACAUCGACACCACCUGGGGCUGCGGCUACCUGCUGGCCUCCACCUUCGUCUUCCUCAACUUGCUGGGACAGCUGACGGGCUGCAUCCUGGUGCUGAGCAGGAACUUCGUGCAGUAUGCCUGCUUCGGGCUCUUCGGGAUCAUCGCACUGCAGACGAUCGCCUACAGCAUCCUGUGGGACCUGAAGUUUCUGAUGAGGAACCUGGCACUGGGAGGCGGCUUGUUGCUGCUCUUGGCAGAGUCCCGCUCUGAGGGGAAGAGCAUGUUCGCGGGGGUCCCCACCAUGCGCGAGAGCUCCCCGAAACAGUACAUGCAGCUCGGGGGCAGGGUCUUGCUGGUCUUGAUGUUCAUGACACUCCUGCACUUCGACGCCAGCUUCUUUUCGAUCCUGCAGAACAUCGUGGGCACGGCGCUCAUGAUCCUCGUGGCUGUCGGCUUCAAGACCAAGCUGGCCGCGCUGACCCUGGUCGUGUGGCUGUUCGCCAUCAACGUGUACUUCAACGCGUUCUGGACCAUCCCGGUCUACAAGCCCAUGCACGACUUCCUCAAGUACGACUUCUUCCAGACCAUGUCGGUGAUCGGCGGCUUGCUGCUGGUGGUGGCGCUGGGCCCCGGGGGCGUGUCCAUGGACGAGAAGAAGAAAGAGUGGUAACGGAGCCCGGCCCUGGCCAGCCCGGCCGCGAGGACUGUCGGUGGAGUCGAGAAAACUGCCAGCAUUUAUGUCCCCCCUCCCCGGUAAAGGCACAGAUGUUUCGAGGACUAGACUUGCAGACACCGCAGGUGGACGGCGCCGCGCCCCUGGGAGCGGCAGCUGCUGCGUCGGCCGCACUCGCCUCGGUGGGGGCGGGGGACCCUCACGUGUACUGUGAGCAGAUACAUUUUCUGUAUCAUUCCACGCAG